AUGUGGAUGGCUCUGGCGAAUGCGACACAAUCGUUGGUUCUGGUGGGCACGACAUCAGCUGCCGUACUCUUUUGUGGUUCCUAUGCUGAAGAGGAGGAAGAAAACGUGACUGAACCGCGAGUGGAUAUCGCUGAAGCAGCGUCUCAGGAAGCAACGUCUCCCGAUGCAGCGCUUGGGAGCCCUGGAAGCGAUAGCGCUGAAGGUUCAAUGUUGUCGAGCAAAUCCAUAGAAUUCUCCACUGAUCAUCCCGAUUUGAAGUUCGUCCUUCAGUAUGAAGGGGAACUACUAUCGGAAGACUUUUACGUUCACCUAAGCGGUGUUGCCUCUUCAGCAGCUCAGUACGUUUGGAGUGUGAAAAAAAGGCUGAUAGCCAAUUCGGCCGCGUGGAAAGAUCUCGCCAAACGGAUAACUACUCUUCAGACUGAGGGAUUCGACGUGAAACCUGGUUCAGAUGAAGCAAAAGUACGAAGAUUGAUGGCAUCUCAGAGACGUAAUAAGCCAGGAUUAUUAGAUCAAUUCGAUAAGAAAAAGAAAAAGAAAAAGGUAUGCACAGUGUCCGGGAAGGACUCGGGACGAUCGUUCUUCAAGUUUCCUUCUCUCUCCUUUUAA